AUGGGAAAAGGAGCAAGCGAUAAACAGACUGGUUUCUGGAUGUAUAUGAAAUAUUUCAUUAAGCCAAAAUUACAACAGGAACUGGGUAGACAAGUAAAAACGAUAGAUUUGGUACAUUUUGGACUACCUUAUUGGGCUGAAUUAAGUGACGAAGAGAAGGAAGAAUGGAAGGAGAAAGCGAAAGAAUAUAACAGGUCUGAAGCGCGACAAAAUGAAAGGAUGUUAAGAUUGCUCGAAAAUCAUCGACGAAAUCAUCAUGUUGAUGAACAAACGAAUUUCGCUCAACGUUAUACAUUUCGCAAAUUGAAGCCGUCUAAUAUUAUGCCACCAUCAUGUCGUUACGAUGAAAUUGACCAAUACUCACGUAAAUAUUUUGCUGGAAUUAAUGACGAUUUUGAAGGAAAGCGUGAAAAUGAUCGAAAAGAAUUCAUCGAUCGCUAUCAGUGGAAAUUUGCACAAGACCGAGAAAGCAUGAAAGAUUUUUUCUACGAAGCUGAGAUUAUAGUUGUGACGGCCAAUGUUUAUUGUGAAGACAGUUCGAAUGAGCGAAUGGUGCCAUCCGAAAUUUCCAUAUUAAAAUUCAGCAUCAAACACGGAAUUCAUGACCAGCGUCACUAUAUCUUAGGUUUUGCGGAACGUGAACUGUGUGAAAACUCCAAGGCAAAAGCUAAAGAAAAUGAGCAAAUAACUGGAUUGUUGAUGGAUUGGAGUAGAAUGCCUGCAAAUAUUCGAUUUGAUUAUGUUCAACUUUGGAAUGAAAUAAAAGCAUUUACGGGGAUAAAUGGCGAUGGUGUGAAACUUUUAUUGCUUUCCAAAGAUUGGAAUAGAGUUGUCGGAUCAUUUGAUGCUCUUUUUGUGCACGCGAAUGAAAAGUCAUUUUCUCGUAUUGAAACACGUUUUGCAACUUUGGAAGAUUAUUUCAUGGCUUUGUAUGCAACGGUGCAUGAUACACAUGUUAAUGAUGAAAUUAAAUCUGAUGUCGCAAUAGAAAUGAGUAAACCUUGGCACCGUGCUGUGUUUUUUGAUUUGAUAACCUGUGAUUUUCAUGCUGCAUUGAAAUAUACCGUGCAAUGUCAAGCCGAGAAUUGUUCUCUUUUUACUGCUCACAAAGCCGCGUUCAGCUUCUUCACACUUUACAAGAAGCAUAUUUUUCCUUCAUGCAGAUUUACCGAACGACAUGCGCCAAAUAAAGCAUUAUUACCAGCAGUUGAAGAUGAGAAAGAUCGGAUUUUCGCUGAUCUAAGCCUACUUGACACUGAUAGUGAUACUGAAUUAUUUUAUGAUGCUUCGAUUCCUUCAUCAUCGCUUUAUGGGCAAGGUUUUCUGAUGCCAGCGCCGCAAGAACUAGCACGAGGAAUGUCUGAAGCAUCAAGCCAAAUACUCUCGAAAGUUAGCCAGGACAGGAUUACCCCGUCAAAAGAAGGAUCGAUAGGAUGUAGCCCGAAUUUAUCAUCCUUCCCACAGAAGGUAUCGAGAUCGUCUUCACCUGAUGAUUUGAUCCCUGAGCGAACACUUGGUGGUUUCUGUAUUCCAAAUGUCUAUCAGACAGACUGUUCAUACAUACGAAGAAAUCUACCACUUGUAUCAACAUCAUCUAGAGGGAUAGGAAGCCGACAAGAAAAGUCUGAAGUAAUGGCAAAUCAAAAGAUAACGCCAAGAAAUCCGCAUAGGCCGAGUCAAAGCUUGACUCGAUAUGAACAGAAAGUAUCUGCAAAUAAAUUGCAACAUGAGUUAUCUUCUGAUCCCAUUCAACCGCUGAUUGUUAAUGGCACCGUGAGGUAUAUAUGCACGAAUCAGAAAGCAAACGUUACAAAACCGCUUAUUUUAGAGCCGGUUAUUUGCAAAGAGGCAGAAAUGUUUGGCUGGUCAGAAAACCUACUAAGUAGUGAUCCGGAUCAGAAGUUUGUUCGAUGGCUGAAUUCGGCGUACUUCGAACCUAAAAAGUCCAGGAGUAAUAGGAAAAUCUUUUUCAAAAUUGAAAAUGAUUAUGAAAAUGCAAUUUAAUGUUCCGUAAUCUUUUUUUACAUUUUCGUGGUUUUUCAAAUGUUAAUUUAUUAGUCAGUUUAACUGCGG